AACCAAAUACGAGGAAGAACAGGAGGAAGAUUGGAGCACAAGGAUCGAUGGAAGAUGCAACCUCUCCAAACAUAUGCGAGAGAAUGGGUCGCGGCGAGGAGCUCAGUGAUUUUCAGCGUGGUACUGUCGUAGGAUGCCACCUGUGCAAAAAGUCGGUCCGUGAGAUUUCAGCCCUGUUAAACCUGCCGCGGUCCACUGUGAGCUCCGUUAUCUUGAAGUGGAAACGCGGAGGAAUAACGACGGCUCUGCCCCGGAGCGGCCGACCACACAAGCUGAAAGAGGAGGACCGUCAAGUGCUGGAGCAGAUCGCGGUGGAGAAGUGUUUGCCCUCGGUAGAUGCUCUCACUACCGAGUUUCAGAGCGCGUCUGGAGCCGACGUCAGCUCCAGGACCGUCCGCCGGGAGCUGCGUGAGAUGGGUUUCCGCGGCCGAGUAUCCACGUACAACAAGCCUGCAGGAAGAGAGAAAGCAGAGAAGAAGCAGGCAGCCGUCAGCCAAGAUGAAGCCCAAGUGGACGUGUCUCGUCUGGACCUGCGUGUUGGACGUAUAAUCAAAGCCCUGCAGCUUCCAGAGACUGACAGUCUGUACAUGGAGGAGGUCGAUGUUGGAGAGGCUUCUCCAAGGACGGUGGUCAGCGAACUGGUCAAGCAUGUACCCGUAGACCAGAUGCAGAACCGCAUGGCAGUUCUGCUAUGCAACAUGAAGCCAGUCAAGAUUGGAGGAGUUGAGUCCCAGGCUAUGGUCAUGUGUGCCAGCUCACCAGACAAAGUCGAAAUCCUUGAUCCUCCAAGUGGAGCAGCUCCAGGGGACAGAGUCACUUUCCAGGGCUUUCCAGGUGAACCAGACAAAGAGCUGAACCCCAAAAAGAAGGUGUGGGAGCAGGUUCAGCCAGAUUUACGCACGGACGGCCAGUGUGUCGCAACCUACAAGGGAGCUGCCUUUGAAGUCGUCAGCAAGGGAGUGUGCAAAGCCCAAACCAUGAACAACAGUGAAAUCAAAUAAAUGAACGGAGCUGCUUGAAAUAGCUCAACGCAAAUCCCUGCAGCCGGACAGGUUCCAAAAUGUUGUGGAAAGCCUUCCCAGAAGAGUGGAGGCUGCUACUGCAGCAGAAGGGGGGCAACUCUGUAUUAAUGCUCGUGGUUUUGGAAUGACACGUCCAACAACCACAAGGGUGUCGUGUUUGAGUGUACACAUACUUUUGGAGUGUAAGCAAAGUGAAAUGAUAACAGUAUGUUGCCCUCUGUUGGACAGAUAUGAACAAUACUGCCGCACCAUUUUUAUGAAAAGCUGUAGUUCUGUAUUUGGACAGAGGAUGGCACUACAGUACCCAUGAUGAUGUAAAGCAUGUGGGUUUGAGAACAUACAGGAGUACAGUCACACCCAGAGACUGGUAGUCAUACCUAGCAUGGGAAAAUGAAAAAGGGAAAUUCUUGCAGAAGAAUUUGAUUGGGGAAUGUUUAAAAUAUAAAUGCUUAUUCCCAUGACGCCUCAGCAGUCAUUUCCACAGAACAGUAGAUGAAAUUCCACAGUGCAGAAGUCCCUUUUUGAGAACAGAAACACUAAAAGGUCGCUGGUUUAUUUUACAGUAUGAAAACGAGUUAAAAAUGAGUCACAGCAUGGAGAUGACCUCAGAAUUAGUUUUGUUAGUUUUGCCUUAAUUAUAUGUUCUUCAGAAACUGCAACUCCAUUGUUCUGAUGCUUGAUGCUGGCAAAUGAUAGCAAAUGAGUCAGUGUAUUAUUUAUCAGUAUGCACAGCCUUUGAACUGUUUUUUGUUUUUUUUUGAAGGGUGUAAUCUAUCUAAUGCAUUAUUAUAUCUAAGAUCCAGACAAUGUUCUCCUCAACAAUCCUGCAUUUCUUUAUCUGCAGUGUUCCAGGAAAUUAAAAACGGACAGUUCUGAAUCGAUCAUUUGGACGUUCAAUGAACGUUUAUUUAUUGUCUCUUCACCCAAGACGUUUGCAUCGUAUGCAGCUGUUGUAGAUCGUUAGUCUGCUCUUAAGAUACUGUUACAGCUUAGUUGAACCUUAACUUUUAUAUUUCUAUGUUUCUGUCUCAUCUUCCUUUCAUGAUUGCGUAUAACUGUCUUCUUAGGAAGGUUAAAAAGAGUGAUCCUACAAAAAGCAAAGAAUAAACCAACACUUCUUGGUGUUUAAACAAA